AUGGGCUUAACUUUUGAAAGAGUUGCCGUCAUCGGUGCAGGUGUUAGUGGUCUGGCGGCAGCAAGGCAUCUCUUAGAUUAUGGCUUGGAUGUAACAAUCUAUGAGCGAUCCUCGAAACCAGGUGGUGUUUGGUCCGUCAACUACUCCAUUUCUUCUCCUUUUGGAAAGCUGGCAUACGAUGAAAGGAAACCGCUGGAAUCGAAAUACCCGUCCAUUUUGCCAUCCGUUGCGGGCAUCUAUCCAGACUCAGAUUCAGAUUCUCAGGGUGUCACAUCUCAAUUGUUACCUCUUCAGACAGAAAACCUCAUACUGAAGCACGCACCACCAGGCCCUGCAUAUUUUGGCCUAACAACGAACAUUUCGACGAAACUUCAAGAAAUGAAAGGCCACCCAUGGAAAGAGGGUACCGGCGACUUUGUCAAUGUGAAGGUUGUUGGUGAUUAUUUGAAGGACUAUGCCAGGAGAUUUCAUCUCGAACAGGUCUUGAGAUACAAUACCAAAAUCGAGGCUAUUGAGAAAGUAGACAGUAAAUGGGUUGUGAAAUCAAAGCUGUUGAAUAAAACUCAUGACGGAAACAUAAAGUUUGUAGAAAAAGAAGAGACAUUUGAUAAAGUAGUCGUGGCGAGUGGGCAUUAUCAUGCAAGCAGAGUCCCCGACAUCAAAGGACUGAAAGAUUGGAGGGAACGGUAUCCUGAAAGAGUUAUGCAUUCGAAAGUUUACAGAAGACCUCAAGAACUUGCAGGCCAGACCGUACUUCUCAUUGGUGGCGGUGUUUCUUCGACCGACAUUGCCAGGGAGAUCAAUGGAAUGGCCAAGAAGGUUUAUCAAUCCACUCGAGGUGGUCAAUUUGACCUUCCUCUCAGCUUUCUACCUCCAAGGACAGAAAGAGUUGGAGAAUUUCUUGUUACUGAUGGAACACAAGUCCACAAUCUUCAUAAAGACAUAUUUUAUAUUCCAGAUCCAACACUUGCAUUCGUUGGCACAGCAUAUUAUGUAUCGACCUUUUCCCUGUUCGAAUUCCAGGCCAUUGCGGUCGCAGCUGUGUUCUCCGGAAGAGCAAAACUGCCACGCGAGGAAGAGAUGAGGGAAGAAUAUAGACUGAAAGUGAAAGAAAAGGGGUUCGGUAGAGCUUUUCACGCCCUUAAUGGACGAGAACCAGAGUAUGUUCGUGAAUUGGUAGAUUGGAUUAACACAGAUGCUGCGGCGAGCGGAGGACAAAAGGUAGAAGGUCACUCCGAAGCAUGGUUGAGGGAAGACGAGAUCAAGAAAGAAAAACUUCUUGAGAGAUUUGAGAAGCAGAAACAAGAGGAGCUCCAGAAACAAGAACAAAGCUAUCGUAUAUACAAUUUGAGGAGUCAAGGACCUCUUCCUACCUCCGAAUAUCGGUUAUUCGAUGGAAACGGGAGUAAGGGAAAAUUAGAGGAACAGGCUAGUGGUGAAAACGACUGGAUUACUUAG